GCCGGGGCCACAGGGACCAGGGGGCACUGUGCUGGGGACACUGGGGCCCACGGCCAGCCCCUUAGGUCUGUGUCACGGCCGCCGCGGGCCCGGGGUCCCCGGGGCCCUGCUGGGAGUACCGGGGGGUGCGGGGGUCCCCACGGGUGACGUCAGCGGCAGCGUUGCCGGGUGACGGCGGUGGCGCCCGGGCCCGCGGCGGGGCCUGACGUCAAGGCCCGAUGGCCGCCCGCCCGCCCGGCAGCAUGGAGGCGGUGGCAGGCCCGCCCGGGCGCCGCUGAGAUGGACCUCAAGGGCCAGUACUGGACGGACGAUGACUCCGACGGGGACAAUGAGUCCGAGGAGUUCCUCUACGGCGUCCAGGGGACCUGCGCUGCCGACCUGUACCGUCACCCGCAGCUGGACGCCGACAUCGAGGCCGUGAAGGAGAUCUACAGCGAGAAUGCCGUGGCCGUCAGGGAGUACGGGACCAUCGAUGAUGUGGACAUUGACCUCCAUGUGAACAUCAGCUUCCUCGAUGAGGAGGUGGCGACAGCAUGGAAGGUGCUGCGGACGGAGCCCAUCGUCCUCCGCCUGCGCUUCUCCCUCUCCCAGUACCUCGAUGGCCCCGAACCGUCCAUCGAGGUUUUCCAGCCAUCCAACAAGGAGGGCUUUGGGCUGGGUCUGCAGCUGAAGAAGAUCCUGGGCAUGUUCACAUCUCAGCAAUGGAAACAUCUUAGCAACGAUUUCCUGAAGACCCAGCAGGAGAAGCGGCACAGUUGGUUCAAGACAAGCGGCACCAUCAAGAAGUUUCGCGCUGGCCUCAGCAUCUUCUCCCCCAUUCCCAAGUCUCCCAGCUUCCCUGUCAUCCAGGAUUCAGUGCUGAAGGGCAAACUGGGCAUCCCCGAGGCUCGUGUCAACCGCCUGAUGAACCGUUCCGUCUCCUGUAUGGUGAAGAACCCCAAGGUGGAAGUUUUCGGCUACCCACCCCCCAGCACCCAGGCAGGUGUCGCCCCCUUCAACAUCCUGGUCGGCGGCCACUGCAAGAAUGUUCCUACGCUGGAGUACGGCUUCCUCGUCCAGAUCAUGAAGUACGCGGAGCAGCGGAUCCCAACGCUCAAUGAGUACUGCGUGGUGUGCGAUGAGCAGCAUGUUUUCCAGAACGGCUCCAUGCUCAAGCCAGCGGUGUGCACCCGGGAGCUCUGCGUCUUCUCCUUCUACACCCUGGGCGUUAUGUCCGGCGCGGCAGAGGAGGUGGCCACGGGUGCUGAGGUGGUGGACCUGCUGGUGGCCAUGUGCCGUGCCGCCCUGGAGUCCCCUCGCAAGAGCAUCAUCUUUGAGCCUUACCCUUCCGUGGUGGACCCCAACGACCCCAAAACACUUGCCUUCAACCCCAAGAAGAAGAACUAUGAGCGGCUGCAGAAGGCUUUGGACAGCGUGAUGUCCAUCCGGGAGAUGACACAGGGGUCCUACCUGGAGAUCAAGAAGCAGAUGGACAAGCUAGACCCCCUGGCCCAUCCCCUCCUGCAGUGGAUAAUCUCCAGCAACAGAUCCCACAUCGUCAAGCUGCCUCUCAGCAGGCAGCUGAAGUUCAUGCACACCUCCCACCAGUUCCUCCUGCUCAGCAGCCCCCCGGCCAAGGAAGCCCGGUUCCGCACUGCCAAGAAACUCUAUGGCAGCACCUUUGCUUUCCAUGGCUCUCACAUUGAGAACUGGCACUCCAUCCUCCGCAAUGGGCUGGUCAACGCUUCCUACACCAAACUGCAGCUGCAUGGAGCAGCCUAUGGCAAGGGCAUCUAUCUGAGCCCCAUCUCCAGUAUUUCCUUUGGAUACUCAGGGAUGGGGAAAGGGCAGCACCGGAUGCCUUCCAAGGACGAGCUGGUGCAGCGGUACAACCGGAUGAACACCAUCCCCCAGACCCGCUCCAUCCAGUCCCGCUUCCUCCAGAGCCGCAACCUGAACUGCAUCGCACUUUGCGAAGCCCCUUCCCCUGGCAGUCAUCACCUCCAAGGACCUGCAGAAACACGGCAACAUCUGGGUCUGCCCCGUCUCGGACCAUGUCUGCACCCGCUUCUUCUUUGUGUACGAAGAUGGCCAAGUGGGAGAUGCCAACAUCAAUACUCAGGACCCCAAAAUCCAGAAGGAGAUCAUGCGUGUGAUUGGGACUCAGGUGUACACAAACUGAGGGCGGUGGGGACCUCCCUGGGACCCCCGGCGCCGAGUGAAGACCCCGGGCGAGGCUGGGAAGGACAAGUGGGUUUCGAGCCUCCUGGGCAGGGCAGAGACGGGGGCCAGCGCCGCAGCUCCACCCUGUACAUAGGCGUCAAGCAUCCGGUGAGCAUCAGGCGGGUUUAGCCGUCCCUUGUCCCCUCCCUGUCCCGUCCCCCAGUGUCCCGGACCCUGUGGCAGUGUGGAGAAGGAGCUGUGGGGGCUGGUGUGGCCAGUGGCCGCCCCUCCUGGAGUUAGUAGCAAUGGGGUUUUUAUCUACCAGGAGAAACCGAAGCAAAAAAACAAAAAUGAAAACAAAAACCAACCAAAACAAACCCAAAAAACACAGGAAAAAAAAAAAAAAAAAGAGUAAAGGAAUCUGUGUCGGUGUAGUUAAACUGCCUGGGGCUGUGGGGAGGGAAACACCACUGUCACACCCGGCAAAGGGAUGGUGGCAUGGAGCAGGGAGCACGCUGCUAAGGGACAGUGCCUCAGGGAUGGGACAGCACCGGGGAGGGGCCGGGGCUGGCCGAGACUCACCUGCAGGAUGGGAAGGCGGCCUCCCAGGGAUGCGCUUUAUUUUGGCCCAAACCGAUCCCAACGACUACACCGAUGCAGGCGGUGGCAGCACGGCUCGUCCCGCUACAGCCAGACCCACACGAACCCGCCGGGAUGCCCUGGGGCUCGGCCCAGGACCAGGAGGCGGCGGGGCUGGCGGAGGUGGCAGGGCUGGCGGAGGCGAUGGGGUGCCACCGCGGUUCCCCAUGCCCCAGCAGCUCUCGGGUCAAUCGCAGCAGCACGAGGCCUCGGCACUGAAAUACCAGCCGUUGAGAGGUGGCAUCAACCCAAAGGCGCCUGGGGACACCGGCCAGCCCGGCAGGGACACAGGGAUCCCCUGCCAGGCGUUCGAGGGGCCCAGGGAUCCAAAACAAUAACAAUGAAUCCCCCAAACCAGCCCUUCACUGCCCUGCGGGAGCCGGGGUGUCAUUACCAGCUAGGGUUUCAAAAGAAAGUUAAGAAUUGACUUAAAAAAAUACCCUCGUUUGGGAACAGUCACUGGCUCAGACCUGCCAGGCUCAUCACACCAGUGGGUGCACUCAGCGUCACCUCUGCAGUGUCCCCUGCCCUCAGGGAGUUACAGAGGGACCCCAACAUCUGUCCACUACUGCUCAUCUCCAACUGGCUGCGUGAUGUCCCCAAGGGCCACCCAAACCGGGGCAGGGGGGGCAUCAGGCAGGUGGCUGUCCCCUCACCACCCGCCCUGCCGGCUACCCACUCUUCUUGCUUGAAUUUGUGGGGUUUAGGGUUCUUCUGCCCCCCUUAAAUAAAAAAUCAACCAAGCCCCUUUCCCCCGAUCACCGCAGCCGCUUGUCUGCGGGUGCAGCCACCGAGGGGAUGUGCCAAUGUCACCCAGAAGCUCCCCAUUGCUCAGCCAGAAGGUGAAACCAUGGGGCCAGGUCCUGCCCUGGUCCCCUCCGCAGCUGCCAUGAAUUCCUUCAGGAAACGGUAAUUCCUGGGAAAAAGCAAAUACGAGAGACCCACCCUCCUCCCCUGGUGUCACCUCGGCCCAGCCAGGGUCGAGCUGGUCAGAAAGGGGUUCCCAGCGUCAUCUUCUCGGGGGAGUGGGGGUGACAGGACACGGCAGCAAUUGCUCCAACGAACCAACCAAGGUGACGAUUUUGACAAAAUAAGUUUAUUUUGCUUCGCUUUGUUUCUGCCGAAACCUCACAUUUUUCUUUUUUUUCUUUUUUUUUUGGCUGAAAAAAAAAACAACCCCCAAAACCCCCAAAACCAACUGAAAAUGCAAAGAACCGCAUCGCUUCGCCCUCUGCCGGAGGCGACCGAGGGGCUCUUUUGACCAGCUUGACUCCCCCCCUGCCGGCUCCUGCCAGGGCCGCGGGGCUGGGGGAGCCACCACAGCCCCCCAGAAACCCCCCUCUGCAUCCCCCAUCCCUGGCCAGGAACUGGCCCCCAAAACCGAGCCCUUGAGCCCCACAAAUCGGCCCCCCGAAACCGAGCCCUCUAGGAAACACUUGCAGCUCUUAACACCCGAGGUUUUUCUCAACCUUCUUAAUUUCUGGUUUGUUUUUCUUCUUCUUUCCUGGUUUUGUUUUUUUGUGUGUUUUGUUUUUUUUUAAAUUAAUUUAUUUAUAGAUAUAUUUAAAAAAAGCAAUAGUCCUUUGGUCCCUAAACUCUAAGGAAUGAUAUGACUCUGAAACAAGUAAUCCUAUGUCCCUGUGCCAGUGACAAGCAGGGGGAAGCGUGCGUCCCGCCCCCCUGCUCCAUGGGAUAUAUAUAUAUAUAUACUUAUUUAUAUAUAUCUUCUAUAAGUCCAACAUACUUUGAUCCUUUUUUUUUCUCCCCCCCACGAUGUGGGGAAAAAGAAAAUCUUGCCAUUUUUCUUUUCUCCAAACAAGCAUCCUCCAGGUGAAGCGCCCGAGGCUGGUCCCAUCCCACCGGCUUUGGUUUAAGAAUCCAUUUGGAGCCUCUUUUCCUCGUUUCUCCUGGGAAAUCAGUAGCAGCAAAUGAGUGCUUUAAAAAAAAAAACAAAGGUGGAUCGUACCCCGGCUGCCCGGGGCCGUCGUCCUUUCUCCCAGCGAGGGAUUCAGUGAGUCCCGGCGAGCGGCCAGCAGCAAAUCUCAGCCCCGACG